AUGUCUUAUAAAGUGUGUAAAUCAAUUAAUGAGAUUGAUACAUAUUUUAUUGAUGAUCUGAACAACUCGGGAAAAGGUAUUUCUAUGGAUAUAUUAAGUAUGUAUUGCCCUGAUGAUAAAUGUAGUAGUGAUGAACAAAGGAUUAUUUCUGGUUUUAUAUUUUUACUAAAUAUGUUUGAUGAGGAAAAUUUAAAGAAUGAUAAACUUGUUGAAUACGCUAUUUUAUGGUUAAGUUAUAAACUAAAUCAAAAAACACAAAAUGGAAGCACUAAAUUAAAGGAGUUUUAUACCAAACAUAUAAAAACAAAUAGUAAAUAUAAGGAUAAUAUACCUACUGAUAAUAAUAUUAAUAUGGGUGUUAUAGAUACAAAAAUAGAAUCGAUGAAUAUGAAUAUUAAAGAUAUAUCUAAUUAUUAUGAUCCAUUUAAAUCAUUAUGUAACGUGUAUAGUGAACUUGAUCCAGAAAAAAAACAAUGCAAGACAUGUUUAGAAAAUGCUGGAGAAUUUUUUGAAAAAUAUGAAAAACAUAAAAAUUCUUUAGAUAUUACUAAAGGAGAUUCUUAUUCUCAACUAUGGUUUAGUUUAUUAAAAGAUUAUAAAAAUUUUGAAAAUAUAUAUAAUAGUGUUAAGUGUGGUAAUGUCUCAUCACUUGUAGCUUGCUCACGAAGUUCAAUAAUAAAAAAUACACUAAUUGCAAUUGCAAUUAUAUUUGUUGCAGCAUCAAUUUUAUUGGGAGUUUCUUAUAAGUAUUCGUUAUUUGGAUUUCGGAAACGAUUUCAAAAACAACAUUUAAGAGAAAAGCUAAAAAAAUAA